ACUCUCUUUCAUUUGUCAAAUAGCUUUAAACCCUUCCACAAGCAAGCAGAGAAAACAAGACGCAGAAAAAGGAGGACGCUUGUAAACCCUGUCGUCUCUGCGUCCUGUCUGAAACCGUAAAGGAGUGAGCCUUGGCUACUCUGAAGACUGAACAAUUAAAAGCAAAAUAUGGUGAACGCCACUUGCCCUUCUGUGCACCCAGUAGAAGCGCCACCGCCGCAGACCCAUGGAGAGCCCCAAAACCCGAUGCCUGAGGGAAGAAUGAACGACAUACCGGGCAUGCCGGGGACACGUGGAGGCCUGACCUUGCGCCUCAACCAGUUCGUCUUCGCACUCGUCGCCGGCUGCGUCAUGGCUUCCACCCAUGCAACCUCCAGAUACACCACCUUGCGCUACUUUGUUAAUGCUGUCAGCUGGCAAUGCUUAUGGAGCCUUUCUCUUGCUUUCGUUGAUUUAUAUGCCAUUUUAGUGAAGCGCAGAUUGCGAAAUCCCAAAGUUGUCAGCGUGUUUGCCGUUGGUGAUGGGAUCAGUUCCACAAUCACAUUUGCCGCAGCUUCUGCAGCUGCUGGUAUCUCAGUCCUCGACAGCAAUGAUUUUCACUCUUGUGUACGUGAUCGUUGCACAAGGUAUCAGGCAUCUGUAACUAUGGCCUUUCUGAGUUGGUUUGCUGUUUCAUCAUCAUUUGUUCUGAAUUUCUGGACGUUGGCAUCCAAGUCAAGUCAUUGAAGGUUCAAGGGGAUUUUUCCCAUUAGGUUUUUGGCAGAAUUUCUUAAGGUGGUUUUUGGCUGUUUCAUCUUUU